CUGAGAGACAUGGCGGUUCAAUCUAGAUGGAUUAAAAUGGCUGUGCCUUUUAUACUCAUACUGCAGUUUACAGGAGCACUAAGUGGAGAUCUUCCACUCUCCUUCACUGUCAGAGAUGGCGAUAAUGUCACUUUGCCUUGUAAAAACGUGAUCAACAAUCAUCACAACUGUGACACUACCACCUGGCUCUUCACUGAUUCAAGAGGCACACCAGCAGUAGAGCUGGUUAAUCUUGGACAAAUCAAAGAAAAAGCCAAAUCAGACAGACUGAGUGUUACAGCAGAAUGCUCACUGGUUAUAAAGAAGGUCACAGCUGAGGAUGUUGGUCGUUACACCUGCAGACAGUUUAGAGGCAAUCCAGGGAGACAGCAAGGUCCAGAUGCUGUGGUUUAUCUGUCUGUUGUUAGCAUGACUGAACACAAGAAAGCUGAUGAGGUGACUUUAAACUGCUCUGUGUGGACAUAUGGACGGUGCAAACACAAAGUGAAGUGGAUCCAUAUCAGUGAAGCUCUGGAUAGAGAUUACUCAAAUUUAAAAACAUCGGAGUCUUCCUGCUCUGCUGCUGUGACUUUUCUGAAUGAUGCAGACACUCAUAUAUCAACUUGUGACUUUAAGUGUAGCGUAACAACAGAAGAUAACAAAGAGCAGCUUUUUACCUUCAGCACUCAGUCAUCAGGUAAAGAAGCAGUAACAGCAAAAUCAUCAACAACAACAUCAGCAACAAUAACAUCAGCAACAACAACAUCAGCAACAACAACAUCAGCAACAACAUUAUACGCACCUAGUAUCCCAGGUGCAGAUCAGGUGUGGCCGUACAUCCUUGUGGUUGUCAUUUUAGUUGCAGUUUUAAUUGUGGCUGUGAAACUAAUCUGUUUGAAGAGACUCAAAGGGAACAAAAUAGAAGCAAAUGGAAAUGCUGGCCUGACCUCAAACCCUGCAGUCACUAAGUGUGCACCAGAAACCAGCCAGGAAACAGUGGAUCCAGAAGAUGGUGUUUCCUACGCCUCCAUCACCUAUGCCAACAAGACCCACAAUAAAAACAAAAUUCGGGGUAAAAAUGACAGUGAUGAAGGUGAGACAGUUACCUACGCCACUGUUAAAGCUUCCUCCACGGAUGCCAGCAGCCUCUAUGCUACCAUCAAGUAAAGAAAAAGAGAACUUAAACAUCAGAUUGCUGCUUCUGUGAAAAAGCUUCUCAUCUUUAAGAAAAUUGGGUUUCCUCAAUUUAAAAAGAGGAAGCAACAACUCAGCUGUGUGAGUCCCUGUAAAUUGGCAGUAAUUUAUGAAAAUGGAUUUAAAAAAAAAUAGAUAUUAACGUGUAUAAUGAUAUAACCGUUUUGUCUUAUUUCCGUUAAUAUUUAAAGGGGAAAUGAAAUGGAAUCAUGGGUUGGGUCAGGGAUAUAAGACUUACAAGAACAGAAUAAAUAAUGUUGCAUGGAGGACAUUUAGGAAUGCAGUGCAGGAGGACAUGCAGGGGAUUGGUGUGACAGAAGAGGAUGCUUGGGAUGGGGCGAGAUGGAGGCAAUUAAGAAAAAAAAAAGAAGUAAAAUGACUGAAUGAAUGAAACUCUGAAAAUCAAAAGGCCAUAUGAAUCAUGUCACCAUAAGGAAGUAAGAAGGAAGUUACAUGCACACAUGAGUAACACUGCAGAUAGAUUAGGCCUUUCUGUUAUUUUGGAGACAUUUCCAUGAGACACAAUGAAAUGAGCGGUAUGUCUGUUUCAGCGUGUUGUGAUGCCACCUGCAGGUAAAAUGGCAUAAUUUUUGUGGAUUAAUAUUAAUUUUUAAUUUGGAAUUCAUAGGGGAUAUGUUUAUCAUCUGUCCUCAUUAUGCCUAAAAUGAACACAGCAAUAUCAAAUGUCUCAAUUAUUGCCUUAGUUGCUUUCUUUGUUGUUGAACAGCCUACAGAAUGCACAUUCACAGGGUCACUUAUGAUAGAUCAUGAAAAUUAGUGACUAUGGUCAGACUGUUUGGAAUUCUAUAGCCCUUUAUUAUUUUAUUCUAUUAUUUCUAUUACUAAAAUGUAAUAGUUAAUAUUAAAAGUCUCAGAAUUAGCUUUAAAGUAUGUUAGGGCUGCAGCUAUCUUUCCAUCAAUUAAUCGAGUGAUCGGAUAAGAAAUGCUUUUGUUUUAUUAAUGGCCAAUAAUAAUUUACUGUAAAUUUACAACAAUUUACAGUACUCUG